AUGAUAUAUUCGAGUUUAUUAAUUGAUUCAUCUGUUCCAAUUCAAAUUAUUAUAACAAAUUUAUCAAUACCAAAUGUUGAACUUUAUUAUAAAAAUUUUCUUCUUCCUAAUAAACACCGAAUCAAUCUUAUUCAUGUAUCAAAUCCAUUUAUAGUUCAUACAUUUUUUUUACCAUCAUAUGGUAUUUCAAAAUUUAGUAAAAUUGAAAUAUUACGUGUUUAUGAUAUUAAAUCAACAUAUAUUAAAAAUAUUCUUGAUUGUUUAAUGGAUUUACCAGAAUUAUAUUCAUUAACUAUAAAUGUUAUUGAUAAUAUAGAUGAUAUAAAUAUAUUCUAUAUUAAAAUAUUUGGAUUAUCAAAAUUAACAUUUUGUCAAGUUGAAUAUAAAACAGUCCCAACCCAAACAGAUACAAAUUACUUGGUUAUAGAUGCAACAAUUUUUAGUCCAUUACAACAAUUAAUUAUUAAUGCUGAUUUUCCAACAAAUUCAUUAGAUAUUUUAUUUUCGUGCUUCCCUCAAAUUCGUCGUUUAUCAAUUGAUAGACUUACAUCAUCAACAACAAAAGAAAUAAAACCAAUUAUUGUGCCUCAUUUAAAACAUGUUACAUUGAAAUUGAACAACAUCAAGUUCAAUGAAUUUGAACAAGUAAUGAAGAAUUUUUUUGAAAAUAUUCAAAUCUUAUCAAUCAAUACAAAUAAUGAUCAAGAUUAUAUUCAAGCAACUAAAUGGGAACAAUUAAUCAUAAAUCAUAUACCAGAUUUAAGUAUAUUUAGUUUAUAUUAUGAUGGAAUUGAUAAUACCACAUCUAUUCCUAAUCAUUUUCAAUUAAAUGAAUUAAUUGAAAAUUUUAAUUCAUCGUUUUGGAUUGAAAGAAAAUGGUUUUUCAAUUACCAAUAUGUUGAUGAAGAAUCAUCAGAUGGUGGUAUUGUUUAUACAAUUGAUCCAUAUAGAAAACAUUAUCACAUAUAUCAACCUGCAAAUCAACUUGAACUUGAUAUGAAUUUAAAUGCUGUUAAACAUGUUCACAUUUGGAAAACAACAAAUGUCAAUCAAUCAUUUAAAUAA